GUAUCUGAACGUUGGGUUGCCCCGGAUAUCUAUGGAUGUUACUAGCGGAGACGAUGAGGGAGGAGCAGAUCUGUGACUUCUUGGCCGAAAGUGUGAAGAUAAAAAAAUUCCUCGUCGUUUGACGUUGAUCUUUGUAGUUUUUCUUUGCUCUUUGAGUUUGCCAGUUUCGCUUGUCGAUUCGACAGUUUCCCAGCAGUAACAGAGGCGAGCUGUAAACUUCCCGAGUGAUGAAAAGUACCCCUUUUGUCGAUGUGUGCUGACCACGAUGCGAUGCUUUGGAGGGAAUAUGGGCAUCGGAAUAAAAUUCAAGUGACAGGAACAGUGCGGCUUUAAACCGAGUGUUUAGACUUUCAUCAGUUGGAUGAUGACUGAAGAGCCUGACGUUUUCUGGGACAUUCUUUCAUCCUCUUCAAGUGAAGCGGACAAAUUUUUACGCACUCUGCGAACAAAUUGAGGCAGGCUUGUCAUUGUUGCGCCAGUCAUGCCUGCUCCAAAGAUGAUGAAUGCAGAAAACGAGGUGGAGAAGAGGAUUGUCAUGAUGCGUGAGCUGUUGAAAACCAUGGUUGAUGUUCGGAACCUGAAGCAGAGCAAGGAGUUAAGAAAUUCCAUUGAAGACGAAGUGAAGAGGCAGAGUGUAGACGCUGCGAAAAAGCGAGCAGCGGCACAAAACGUGGAUUACCCUUGUUUUGCUAAUCUGGUAUCCUGCGCUCAUCUGAAGCCAAUGACACGAAAAGAGCUGGACAGGAAAAUCGACAGAAACCCAAAACAUGAAGGAAGCAUCCCAGCGUGGUCUUUUGAUGUCACUGGGCAUUCACAGCCAGGCAAGCCAAUUUUGGCAACCUGCAGACAGACGAAAUCUGAUACCGUUCUCAAUAGACUUGCCAGCAAUCAGGAUCUCCCGUCAAGCAUUGGGUCUAAUUUGUCCUGCUUUGAAAACCCACUUUUUCGAGCCCAUGAGCAGCAAAGGCUUGCAUUUCAUCACGUGUCAGAAUCGGCUGUCUCAGCCUUGCCAUGUGUUCCUUCCACGGGACUGGGAUGGAAAGGCGAUGGCUCCAGGAUGCCCACAGUCCAAAAACCUGGGCCCAAAGGGUCGUCGUACUCCAGUGAUCUCUUUAUCAAGGAAUGGAAACUUCUGAACUCCUCUCAACCCUCUGAGCGCCUGAGCUAUCUGAUCAACUUCCCGCCAUCCAGCUUGCCAAAAAUCUUCUGGGUGGAGAUCCCACCAUUCUUACUUGCAGAGAUCCUAGAGACCCUUCGGAGCACUGCUUUGAAUCUCAGGAAGGGAACUAGCACAGACGAUAAGAGCUGUGCAGGUCUCUCCUUGGACAGCGACGAUAGACCGACACACGUUCAUGAACACAUGUCCGACUGCGCCAGUACUGCAACUAGAUCACAUUAUAAGAAGCAUACGACCGAGCUCAGAAAGAAUGGAUCUGUCUCAGAUCCUGAAGAGGAGAUUGUCCACGAACAGCAUCAUGUCCUUUACCCACCUCCACACAACAGAGUUAUGGACGGCAAGGAGCGAGUUUUGUCUUGGGUUGCUUCGGUUAUGGAGGCUUUGACUAGGUGUGGUCGAUUUGGACUGGCGGUGAAACUCGUGGGCCAAGAGUCUCGAGACUCAGCACGUGAAAUUCUAGAGCAUAUUACGAGUGCCACUGCCACUGAUGAGCCAGAGAUGCUGACCUCUGGACCUCGUCCUUCUGAAUUGGUUCACAAGUACAGCUGUAUAUGACCGACAUCUCCCACACAUUUUGUUGCAAGCCUCUUCCAACGUUGUCCUGACAUGCAAUUUCUUGGCCCAUUACCUUGACUGCCCACAUUUUUGUACUGCAUAUGAAGGUUUCUUUCUCGGGUCGCAUGCCUACAAUUAAUUAUUUGACACUCUUAAAUUACAGCGGAAGUGCAACUGGCGGUGCGUCAUGCGCGAUUGUAAACUGUGUUCUGCUCAGAUUGGAUGCCAAGAAACAAGGUCAUCUAUCAAUCGUAUGACUAAUGAGAUGGAUCAAUCUGAAUAAACUGGUAGAAACGUCUCGAUCUUGCUGUAGAAAAGUUAAGAAUACUGGCCUGUGGAAUUUUCAGCCAUUGCGGAGAGGCACAUGAAAUACUUUGAUGUGAACUUUAAUAUGUACAUCUUAGAGUUCUUGAGAAUUUAAGAUACAUAGUAGCGCAUUUUCAUAUUGCGCCGAAGAAUUGUUCAGAUUAAAAUCAAUAUCUGCACAUUGUUUUAUGACAUAUUUACCAUUUAUGACAUAUGGCAUUGGGCGUUAACAAUUAAUGAUAAUGUAAUGAGAGUAAUUAUAAUAAUUAAAUAUAAUCACUUCAUUAAAAGUUAACACCUAAAUUUCUAUAUAUAUUUUAAUACUGAACAUAACAAAAUCUACAUUAUCAAAUCAUCUUAAAAUAAACACAGUGAAUCUCAUCGAUAAAUUUUUAUUCAUAGUUUCAUCAUGGAUUU